ACUCCAUCUGAACAGUCAAGACUGUUGCUGGAGAUUCCAAAGGUAAUCGCGGAGGAAUUGGAGCCAAAAGCUACACCACAAGAUCCUUUGGGAGAUGAAAAACAUGGAAAUAGUUGUUUCCCAAAACCAAUUAUUAAGGGGGCUUCAGAGAUCCCUGCUUAUGAUUCAGAAGUAAACCUGACUUUGUCAACCAGAACUCUGGUAGUACAGAUGCUGCAG